GGAGGGAGGCGGCCAUUUUCACGUUGAACAACAACGGUACGGACGGCCCCAUCUCCACUACCAUCCUCAGAUCCCAAUCCACAGUUGCAAUCAAUCCUCGCCGUCCAUCGCCUCUGAUCUCUUCCUUCAAAUUUCACCUCGCUCUCUUCAACUUUAUACUCUCUCUCUGUCUCUGUCUCUCUAUAUAUCUAUAUAUAGGUGUAUAUGCAAUCCAUGGGCUAACUUCGCGAAAAGUUCGUCUUCUUUCUACUGCAAAUCCAAUAACCUUGACAAUAUAUAUAUAUAUAUAUAUUAUAUUAUAUUUACCCGUUCCUCCGUCGCUGGAUAUCCGUGGUAUACCGUUCCUGGGAUUUGUGUUUAUGCGCCUUUUCCCGAUAUAUAGAUAUAUUCAAAGGCCGUGUGGCUAUGGGAAAACUGCUAUGCGAAUUCUGGCCAGUUGUAUUAUUCGCCAGUUGAUGGUGUUUAGGGUCUUAGAAGUUUGAAGGAGGUUGUUGUUGAUUAAGUUUCUCUGAUGGAAAAUGACGUUGGUUUUGCUGAAGAAGCCAAAAUAGGGGAGAGAAAGGCUGUUGAACGUCAACUUUCGGAGCCCAGUGUGGAGGAAACUGUUGAUUUGAGUUUUGAGGUUUCAAAAGGAUCUGAUGAGGGUGAUGAAGUACCAGAAGAGAUUGUUGGGGCUGAAUCCUCUAGUGCUGGUUCUGAGAGCAUCGCCUCCACUAAAGAUGGGAACUUUAGAUUAGAUGACACGAUGAGUGAUGUUAGGGUACAUUCUGAUGAGGUUGAUGAAGAUAGGAAGCUUGGUGAAGUUUUUGAGGAACCUUGUGCUGCCCUAGAUAUGGAGGAUGGUGUAGCCGAAACUGUAACACUCAGGAGUGAAGAGAGUUGUGAUGAAGAGAAAGUGUCUAAUGACAAUCUUGUAGGGGGUGAAAAGAAUGGAUCGAUGGAUGGUGCGAUCGCUAAGAGCCAAAAAGAUGAUGACAAGAAAAUUCUUGAUUCAGGAACUGCUGAUGGAGAAACUGAGAAAGUGAGAGAUGGAAUCAGGUUGGGCCCUCCCAAUCUAAAGCCUGCAUCUGAUGCAACAAAUAAAUUGAGUUAUCUUGAAGUAUUGACAUCUAGAGAUGCAGAAAUUGUGGAGGCAGAUAGCAAAGGAGAACCGAUUCAUCAGAUGCAGGAUGGUAAAAAACUGGCAACCGGAGCUGAGACUGAUGUAGAGAAGCAUGAAACUUCCAAAUUUCAAGAUAUUGACGAAGUUGGAAAAUUUCUUCAUUCUGACAUUCCUGAAAUCGAUUCCUCUUAUGAUAGGACAUUGGUGAAUUCUGAAGUAAGGAAGAGUGCGGAUUCCAAUUCUCUGAAGGGACAUAUUCAUGAGACACGACCCCAAAUUGAAGAUGCAGAUGCUAUCACAGGAAGUGGAGCUAGCCGUAGGCUAGAAUCAAAGUCCAAUGGAAAUACUAUCUAUAAAAUUGAGCAGGAUGCUGCACCAUAUACUGAACUUCAGCAAGCCAAGUAUGAAAACUCCAUGGCUAAGGAUCAAAAAGGAGGACUUCCAGAAAAUUCUCAUGCUUCUGAUGAUAUUAUUUUAGAUGAUAUGGCUCAAGAACUGAAGAAGCAAGAUUCAGAAUGUGGGCUAGUUGAAGAGGUUCAUAAGCAUGGUAUUGGGAAGGAAAAAACCAGUGGCACUGCAUCUGCAGAUACUUCCACUGCCGAUCAAUCUGAAAAAAAUGACCGCGACACUAACUUGCAUCCUUCCCUUGUUGACGACAGCACUCCGAACCAGGAGAGAGAAGCCAAUCCUCAUUCCAUGACAUCUAAGUCAGCUGUGCAAAGUUCUACCCCUUCUGGACAUCAGCUAGUUGAUGCAACCAGCAUUGAUGCUUCCAGAAGCAUAAUGGAUAGACCAGAACAGGAAGGAGUGAAAGAUGAGAAGGGAAGUAAAGAACAGGAGGUCAGACCUGUUGCUGGCGCCUCAUCAUCUUCUGGCAACACUUCCACCUCAGAACAUACUCCUACUCAUCCUGCCAUUGUUGAGCAUCCUGCUAAGUUACAGGGGUCUGUUCCUCAGGAUAAAUUAUCUAGUGCUGAAAAAGUAGAAUCCUCAUCAGAAAUUUCCUCUGCCAAUUCUUCUAGUCCUCAUUCUUCUGGCCUUAAGCAUACAACCCCUCCACAGGGGCCUGGUUCACAAAGCAAAGAACAAGGGUCUCGGUCUGCUACUGAAAAUACAUCCACCAAUGUUAUGUCCUCAACUUCUGCUCAUCCUGCUGGCCUUGGGCGUGCUGCACCUCUACCAGAGCCUACUACUGACCAUGCCCAGCAUCGUCGUGUAAAUGGAGCUGUUUCUGCAGCGCAAAAUCAACCCAUUGAAGAACCCUCCAAUGGAGAGGCUGAGGAGUAUGAUGAGACCCGCGAAAAGCUCCAAACGAUUCGUGUUAAAUUUCUUCGUCUUGCACAUAGGCUUGGGCAAACUCCUCACAACGUUGUUGUUGCUCAGGUAUUGUAUCGAUUAGGUUUGGCGGAGCAGCUGCAUGGGAGAACUGGGGGACGAGUUGGUGCAUUUAACUUUGAUCGUGCAAGUGCAAAGGCCGAGCAACUGGAAGCAGCUGGGAACGAACCCUUGGAUUUUACGUGCACAAUCAUGGUCCUGGGGAUUACAGGGGUUGGGAAAAGUGCAACUAUAAAUUCCAUAUUUGAUGAAGUUAUUUUUGGCACUGAUGCAUUUCAGUCAGGCACCAAGAAGGUUCAGGAUGUUGUUGGAACUGUGCAAGGAAUCAGGGUACGCGUCAUUGACACGCCUGGGCUCCUGCCCUCUUUGUCAGAUCAUCGCAAGAACGAGAAAGUUCUUCGUUCUGUCAAAAGGUUUAUUAAGAAUUCACCUCCUGAUAUUGUUUUAUAUCUUGAUAGAUUGGACAUGCAAAGCAGAGAUUCUGGUGACAUGCCUUCGCUACGGGCCAUCACUGAAAUCUUCGGUCCAUCUAUUUGGUUCAAUGCAAUAGUUGUUCUGACUCAUGCUGCAGCUCCGCCGCCAGAAGGUCCAAAUGGCACUGCAACAAGUUAUGAUAUGUUUGUGACCCAGAGGUCCCAUGUUGUGCAGCAAGCAAUACGCCAGGCUGCCGGAGAUAUGCGCCUUAUGAAUCCUGUUUCUUUGGUAGAGAAUCAUUCAGCUUGCAGGACAAACAGAGCUGGGCAGAGGGUGUUGCCAAAUGGUCAAGUUUGGAAGCCUCACUUGUUGCUCCUAUCUUUUGCUUCGAAAAUUUUGGCUGAAGCAAACACACUAUUGAAGUUGCAAGACAACCCCCCUGGGAGAUCUUUUGCUCCUCGGACAAGGUCGCCUCCUUUACCUCUCCUUCUUUCAUCUCUUCUCCAGUCAAGACCUGAUGUCAAACUUCCAUGGGACCGAUUUGGCGAUGGUGAUGAUGAUAUAGAUGAUGAUCUGGAUGAUUUCGCAGACCUGGAAGAGGAAUCAGAGUAUGAUCAAUUGCCCCCCUUCAAAUCAUUGACUAAAGCCCAGCUGGACAAACUUAGUAAAGAACAGAGGAAGGCGUAUUAUGACGAGGUAGAAUUCAGGGAAAAGCUUUUCAUGAAAAAAAAUUUGAACGAUAGGAGGAUGUUGAAGAAAAUGCAGGAAUCAACAAAGGAUGUGUCUUUUGACUACCAUGGCUGGGAUGGUGAAGUACCUGUACCUAGCGUGGUGCUGCCUACCACUUUUGGUUCAGAUAAUCCAACUCAUCGAUAUCAUCCUCCUUAUUUGUCUAGCCCUUGGGUUGUGAGGCCUAUUCCGGAACCCAAUGUGUGGGAUCAUGACUUUGGAUAUGAUGGACUGAAUGUCGAGAGAUUAUUCGUGGUCAAGAACAAGGUGCCGAUAUCAUUCUCUAGCUACUUCUCAAAGGACAAGAAUGGUGCAAACCUUCAAGUGGAACUUGCAAGUUCUGUGAAGCAUGGGAAGGGGAAGGCAACCUCACUAGGCUUUGAUAUGCAGUCUGUUGGGAAGGACUAUGCUUAUACUAUACGAGGUGAGACUAGAUUUAAGAAUAAUAAAACAAACAAAGCAGUUGCUGGUUUCUCAGCUACUCUUUUUGGGGAUGCUUUUACCUGUGGUCUGAAAGUGGAGGACAAAGUUAGUGUUGGCAAGCUGGGACAGAUACUUGUCUCGGGUGGUACCAUUUAUGGUCAUGGUGAGUUUGCCUAUGGUGGUAGUUUGGAAGCAACACUUAAAGACAAAUACUUCCCUGCGGGGAACUUUUCAUCGACCUUAGGCCUUUCUGUGAUGGAUUGGCAUGGAGAUCUUGCUACGGGAUGCAAUUUCCAGAGCCAGAUCCCUAUUGGAAGACAUUCAAAGUUGAUCGGAGACCUUAAUGUUAAUAACAGGGGGUCUGGACAGUUACGUGUUCGAGUCAACAGUUCAGAGAAUGUUCAAAUUCUAUUGGCUGGCUUAUAUCCGCUUGCAAAGUAUCUACUUUAUAUUGUCAAUAAAUACAAUAUGAGAAACACCGCAAGUUGAUGGAGGAUGGUGACGGCCCUUGGAUGUUACCGAUUGUUUCUAUGGUUGUCAUCCUUUGCAGAUCAGAAGCAACAGCUAUAGGCAACAAAAUAAUAAUACUUGGAAGGAGAAAUAUGCAGUGUGGCUGCGAGAGGAUGAUACUAAGAGAAUGAAUGGUUUCUUGGAAGCAUUCAAGCAGGAGCAGAAGGUCUUAGCUUACUUGGGCACUUUAUAUAUUUUGUAUAUUCUACUUUAAAUUUUUGCCGAAUGAAUGUUUGGUUUUUCUUUGUUA